UGUUCCAAACUAAAAGAUGGAUAUUGAGAACAACAACGACGAGGAGAAAGAUAAGCGCACCGUUCAUAUUUGUUACGACAAAAAUGACUCAUCAAUCUCCUCUUGCAUUGACUACCUUAGAGCUACUUUCAACCGCCAUGGGAUCUAUGAGCUUGACGAUGACAAGAAUCUUGUCUCCGACCUAAUUAGGGUUCUUGUAGUGGUUUUCUCGAAGAAUUACACGUUAUCUGUGCCGGAGAAUCUCGUGAAUCAUCUUAACAACAAAGAGGUUGUUGUAGUUUCGGUGCUCCAUGGUGUCACGGUAUCAUCCUUGACACAUCAAAUUGCAAAGCUCGACAUGUGGUAUCGUGAUUUACUAGAAUCUUCAGUAUUGUCAGGUCACCUUCAUAAUGAUGAACAAAGUGAAUCCCAAUUUAUGGAAGAAAUAGCGAGCGAUGUGUUUGAGAAGCUUUAUCCAACGGAAGAGAUUGGGAUUCAUAGUCGGCAAGUUGACAUAGAAAACUUGCUAUGCAAGCAGUCAUGGGGACUCCGCACCCUAGGAAUUUUUGGUGAGCCUGGCAUUGGAAAGACCACUCUAGCUAGAGCCGUCUUUCGUAGAAUGUCCAGUAGCUACGAUGCUUCUUGCUUCAUCAAAGAUUUUCACAAAGAAUAUAGUGAAAAGAGACUUGGACCAGCUUUGUCUGAUGAAUACUUAGGUGAGACUCCAGUAGAAAUGUUUGACGUAAACCCUUCUGCUUCAGAGCCAAGAUACCGUCGAAAAAGAGUUCUUAUCGCUCUAGAUGAUGUGCAAAAUGCUAAAGACGCCGAGUCUUUUCUUGGUGGUGGAUUUGGUCCAGGGAGCUUGAUCAUCAUAAUCUCAAGAUAUAAACAAGUACUUGACUUGUUCGGUGUUAAUGAGAUUUAUGAGGUUCAAGGUCUAAACCAAGAAGAUGCAAUGAGGCUAUUUACAAGGUGUGCCUUUGGAAAAGAUGUGACAGAGCAUAAUCUUUUAGAACUUUCAGUGAAAGAGAUUAAAUGUGCUAAUGGAAAACCAUUAACUAUUCGCGCACAGGCCAUAAAGGUAAAAAAGGAACGUGCAUCACUGAGUAUUCACGAUGUAUGGUACUCAUGCGACGACCUCGAGCAUAAUCCAUCAAUGUGGACUGUUCCCAAUGAAGAAGACGAUGAACCUCAAGAGUGGUACUCAUGUCAUGAAACUGAGCUUCCCUCGUGUGAUAUUAAUGUUGGCUUGUGGUGUCUUGUGUUUUUGGUUGGCUUUGGAACUUUUUGGGGCAAUGGGAGAGUUUGGGGUUUCCGGGACAAACCUUGA